GUCUUCUGCUGUUGAAAAGCUCAGUGGGACUGUGAGCGUGAACUUACUCAAGGACUGUUCUAACGGGAGUUUUAUCUGUCAAAAGUUUUUUACGAGAGAAAGAGCAAGCAGCAGGAUGAAAUUUUCAGUGGUAGCUUUGGCAUUUUUCUUCAACUUUCUUUGGACGGCAAACAGCGCUCCCCCAACUUGCUAUUCUCGAGUGCUGGGUUUGAGCAAAGAGAUUAUGGAAAUGCUGGAAAAACUGCACCAAUACCAACGCACGAAAUCGUGCGUAGAGGUGUUGCCAAAAAUGUAUCUGGAUGUGCACAAUUCCUGUGUCAUGUCCAAGCUGCGUGACUUCUUGUAUGCUGUGGAGAACCUUCCCACGCAGUACUGCAGAGAGCGUCCUAGAAUCAUCUUACUGAAACGCAAAGUCAGGAACCUGUAUGUCAUCAUCAACAGAGUCUGUUACCGGGAUCUUGUGUUCUUCUCAGAUGAUUGCGAAGCUCUGGAUAAUGGUCAGAGUUCACCAAGGUAUGGGGAAGACACUCUUCAGCUCCUUCAGGAGACAUGAAAAUGAAGAUCAUCCUUAAGGAAACUCAUAUUCACACGCGCACAUACAUACACAAGUGUGCAUGCACAUUCAAACACACACAUAUACAUGUGCACACAUAUACCCAUGUUCAUGUGUAUGCAUGCACACACAUGCACACAUGCACAUAUAAACCCACACACAAACAAAGCACAGAACAUAACUAAAUAUCACACCGUUCCACUCAGACACAGCACACUGGGUAAUUGGCCAAAGGUAUUUCAAGCAGUUCGGAUUUAAUGACUUCUGAGAAGGUAUGUGUGGUCACAUACCACCAGCCAGUGAAAAACUUUCCACAGGAAAUUUGCUAAAUGCCGGUCAUUCCACAUAAGACCUAAAAUAAUAACAGCAAUACUUAAGCAUGUGCCCAAAUACAGCAGUGUAUUUUACACACAUAGCCAGCAAGGUGCCUACCUUUGAAAAGACUGCUUGUGCUUCUGCACGUACAAGUACCUGACGAUUGCAUGUUCUCAAUAGCACUGUCUCAAAGUAUACAUAUAAUUAUUUUCAAAAGAUUGUUUUACAGUCCAUAGCUUAAAAACAUGUACUGCCUUCCUCUUUGAGAAAUGGGUUGAUUACCUCAAGUGUGGUUGAUAUCAGGAGAAUAUAUGAAAGAUUGUAAAACUUCACCCUUUUCAGUGUUAUAUCUUUUACAUUAUUAAUGCUUUUGUAGAUUUGGCUGCAACUUGUUUUGUAAUUUUAUGUUACAUACUAUUGCAUUAUAUGUGUGUACAUAAUAAAACUAAAUAUCAUUGGUA